AAAGUUGAAACCGGCCACAAACCCAGGCAUAGUUGUAUCACCAUCCAACUCUUCUCCUCUGGAACCCCUGAGACGAAAUGGACAUCUCCGAACUAUUCACGGCCCCUCCACCCAAGUCAGAUCCCACUAAGAAUCCGGUGUUAUCCGAUCUCAGCGAGAUCAACGGCGGCUCUGCAAAGCGCAAUCGGCAAUUGGAUGAUCUGAAUCAAUCUGCCACAGAGCCCGUAGAUAUCAAACGAGCUAGGGUCGCAUCGAAAGGAAAGCAGCGUGCUGAGGAUUCCUUCGAAUAUUCAGAGAACUGGAAUGUUGAAGAAGAUGAAGAGGGCGGACGGUUCUUCGGUGAUGGACUCACAUCGGAACAGAAGGAAAUAAUUAACAUCUUAAAUCAGGAUGUGGAAGACCAGAACGAGGCCCCGCCAGAAAAUCCUGCUGGCUCGGAAAAGCUCAAACUAACAGAAGUCAAGAAAAAUUGUUUAAAUCUUGAAAGAGCUAUCAACAAAAAUCGAGAAAUGCGCACCAAGUAUGAAAACAACCCCGAGAAAUUUGUUGACUCUGAAUUUGAGCUAUCCGAAGGCAUCGUCAACCUCUCUGUCCUAACUCAAUGUCCAGCCCAAAGUUAUCCGGAGCUGGCUAGGCUUGGCACACUUGGUAGUUUGGUUGGUCUUUUAUCGCACGAGAACGUCGACAUUGCGAUCGCGGUGGUAGAACUCUUACAAGAACUUACAGACGACGACGUUUUGGAGAACCAGGAAGAUGAACAACCACUGGAAGAUGUAGAAGGCAGUUCUAGCCUACCAGCCACCGAGGCCGUCAUGGCCAUGGUUCGCUCACUGAUCGACCAACAACUACUUGAAAUGCUCAUAUCCACCCUUGUAGACCGGCUCAACGAAAAUGAGGAAGCAGAACGAAGUGGAGUAUUUCAUUGCUUAGGAUUGAUAGAAAAUUUAAUCUCUCUAGAGCCUUCCCUGUCGGUCAGCUUUGUACAGAAAACACCCCUUUUGGAAUACUUAAUGAAUCGGAUCCGACCUACGAAGCCAUCAUCAUCUCAAACCGAAGAUAUGGAGUCUUCGAAAUUCCAGAAUAAACAAUACGCAAGCGAGAUUCUGGCUAUCAUUCUCCAAAAGGACGAAGAGAAUCGGACAAAACUAAUCGAGCUGGGCGGAAUGGAUACUCUGCUUGAAGUUUUAGCAGUAUAUCGUAAACGUGAUCCCAAUGAUGCAGAUGAGAUUGAGUUCAUGGAAAAUGUAUUUGAUUCUCUGUGCAGUGUUUUACUUGUACCAGAUCACAAAGUCAAAUUUUUGGAAGGCGAAGGCGUAGAAUUGAUGAUCAUCUUGAUGAAACGUAAGAAUUUGGCAAAAUAUCGAGCAUUGAAAGUUUUAGAUCAUGCUCUGUCUGGCGACGAGGGUAGCGCGAAUUGUGAGAAAUUUGUCGACUGUCUAGGACUGAAAACGCUUUUUUCCUUCUUUAUGGGCAAAAAAAACUCCAAAAAGUCGACGUCGACUCAUGAUGAUGAUGAACACAUGCUUGGGAUAAUCGUCUCACUGUUUUUCAACCUCGAAUCCGACACCCAGCUUCGAUUGAGACUGUUGACGAAGUUUGUGGAAGAAAGUUACGAAAAAGUGGAUCGACUGAUCGAAAUUAGAGAAGGUUUCCGGGCAAGAGUGAAUCAUUUUGUUGCGAACUCACCAUUCCUGGAGAAUGAGAUGGACGAAACGGAAAUCUAUCUCAUGAAGCUAGAUGCUGGGUUAUUUGCCCUGCAGCUAACAGAUGUCGUCAUUGCUUGGUUGUGUAUGGAAGAUGACGGAGUAAGAGAUCAUCUUAAGAUGUUGCUGAAACGCAAUGAUCAAGACUUCGGCACAAUUACCGACGAGUUGAGGGUAUAUGCUGAUAGUAUGGGAGAUGGACCUCGCAAGGAAGGGAUCGAACAUCUUACCACUUAUCUAGGAUCGCUAUGAAAUGUAAUCUCCUUGUAUCUUUCAAUAUAACUUUAUUUGGAACCUUAAGCAUUACCCCCGAAUAUUCACAUCCUUACCAGGAAUGGUGGCUGUCUUGUUUUGUUGAACCCUUCUCUGGCCAUGCAUUUCCUCUGAAUAGCUGUUUCAUCUUCAUGGCAGCUCCAGUAAGGCUCCGUAAAAUACGGGAAGAAAUUGGACGAUCAGGCAAGUCGCAUUCCACCCAAUAAAGUG